CGCGAGUCUACUCUUUACAAAAUCACAUUGUUUUAAGUCAGAUUUCUCCGCUCUCACAUUUUCAAAUUGAAAUCUUCAGUUUAUUCCCCACUCCAGAGAAAAGACAGAAAAAAAAAAAAAAGUGUAUCUGAAGUUUAUCUAUGGAGAAAUCAACGGAGAAAAGCGUGAGCUCUGUUGCUUCUGGAAACUCAAUCAACUCGAAACUGAGGUAUCCUCUAAGAUCGGCUCUCAGAUCAAAGGAAGGGAAGCCUCCUGUUCCUGAUUUUUCAGGUUCUUCAGUGCCCAGAAGGGGACGAGUUGCAUCUGCUGUUAGCCAGAGUACUACAGUUCUUGAUUUAUCUGGUAAAAAGAGUGUUGAUCGCGCCAAGCCACCCAGAAGACUGUCGAUUCCAACCAAGACCUCAAGCAAUUCUUCAGUUAAAUCAGUCAGUAGCAUCACUUCCGUCUCAGAAAGCAAGCCCAAGAGAUCAGCCAAUACCAGGAGCUUGAAUGAAACACCUGUCCCCAGUGUGCUGAGAUCAGUGACUCGAAGAAAAGUUGAAGACUUGUCUUCCUCGACUUACUGGCUGUCUCACAUCAAGCUAGCUGAAUCAGCGGCGAAACAUUCCAUCUCUCUCGGUUUUUUCAAACUUGCUCUUCAUGCAGGGUGUGAGCCGAUCGACCAGAUGAAACAAGAGUUGAAAUCAUACGCUCGUCGCAAUAGCUUGGAGGAGCUUGCUGAUGCUAUGAAGGAGCUAUCUGAACUGUACAAUACCUCAGAAGAAUCGAAGCAGGUGCAGAUCUCAGAGACCAGUUCUGUUGUCGCUGAAGAAACCGCUGCGUCCCUGAACAAUGAUAAUGAUGAUGUCCAGAGUUCACUCUCCACUCCUGGAAAUUCGAACAUCACGUCAGAGAUCAUGAAAGAGGAUGCUUCGCAGGAUUCAGCUGUCAUUGAAACAGCCAAGGAGGAAGAGGCCUCUGAAGCCAUCCCACAAGGAAGAACCAGAAGGUCUUUGGAUGUAAUCAAUGUUAAUCAAGAGGAUGAUGUUUCAGAGACUGUUCAGGGAUCAGAAGAUGGAGUUCCAAUAGUGACUGUUGUUCAACCUUCAGACAAAAAGCGUGCAAGCAGGAAGGAGACUGUAUCCAAGAACAACCUGCCCGUGAGGACCAAGAAGUCAGUAGCAAGCAACUCUGGUAACUCAAGACCAGUACCAGAAAACAAGCCUCAGAAGAAGGAUGAGAAGAUCACUAAGCCCAGGACUAAGAAAAUUCAAGAGGAGACAAAGAAGUCAAUCAAGAAACCUGCUGCUAAAGAAGGUGAAGUUAAAUCUCUGAAGCAAAUGAAGAAAAUGGAGAACAAAGAAAACUCUGUUGUUGUUGAUGAAGGAGAAGAAAUCCAGGUUUAAAAGGAAGAAACAGAGAAUCGUUUUUUUUUCUUCACAUUUUACAAUCAACUCUUUUUUCCUUUUGGUUUAAAUUGAUUUGUUCAAGGUACAUAGUCGAAACGCUUUUGCAAGUUUGGUUUGAAAGACAAAACAAAUGUUUUAUUUGGUUGCUUGUGUAAUUGUGUGUUCUUUUAUUUCCAUGUUUCUCAGUUGAUGUAUCUCUCUCUUGUAUUGUUUGCGGAAAUUUGAUUACUCGUAGCUAUGGGUACAAAGAAUUCUGAAACUUAUAGAUCCGAUUUUCAAAUUACUUAACAAGAGAAAACUAUUCAACA